AAACCUAAAUACCUAAUCAUUUAGGUAGAAUCAACCUUAAACAGUAAUAAACAUUCAGGACCAUUAAUUCCCACUGAUGUAAACAUGAGUUAGAUUUAAGCAUGAAAAUGGACCCCUCCACAUUUCCUUUGACCAAAAGUCCCAUCCCCAACCCCCAUGGUUAAAUUCUACGGCUACCAAGGUAAUAAAUACACGUGCGGGGGAUUGGGAAAAAAAAAACUACAGCCUCUGUUGGUUAUGUCCCUCUCAUCCCCUAACAAAUUGAAAGAGAAUUUGCAGUCUUUCUUUGUUUUCUUAUAUAUUAAUACUAAUCAGAGCAAAACUGGGGAAAAAGGGACAGGAAGGAUUUAACAUGCCUGGGAGUUUAGAGCCAUUGGAUGUUGGUGUACAGAUUCCGUAUCACUUCCGGUGCCCGAUUUCUUUGGAGCUGAUGAGUGAUCCGGUGACUGUUUGUACUGGUCAGACGUACGACCGUUCCAGCAUAGAGUCGUGGGUGGCAACUGGGAAUAUUACGUGCCCGGUUACCCGCGCGCCUCUUUUAGAUUUUAGUCUUAUUCCAAAUCACACUCUAAGGCGGCUUAUUCAGGAUUGGUGUGUUGCGAACCGGUCAUUUGGAGUGGAGCGGAUCCCAACUCCGAAACAACCCGCUGACCCGUGUGUUGUCCGGAUGUUACUGAAUCAGGGUUCAUCUGAAUCGGUUGCUUUCAAUUUAAGACUCAGUGCUUUGAGGAAACUCAGAGGUCUUGCUCGUGACUCGGAUAAAAAUCGCGCGGUAAUUGUUGCGAAUAAUGCACGUGAGAUUCUUCUUUCUGUUGUGUUCACAGAAGUUAAUUCCAACUCGUCCGAGCUGAAUCACGAAUCGCUUGCGAUUUUGUCUAUGAUUUCACUCUCUGAGGCAGAGUGCUUGUACGUGGCCACCGUUUCGGAUCGAGUUGGAUACCUGGUGGAAUUACUAUUUCAUUCAAAUAUUGAUAUUCGAGUCAACUCGGCUGCGUUGAUAGAGAUUGUUGCGGCGGGAAUAAGAUCCGCGGAGCUCAGAGCACAAAUCAGCAAUGUUGAUGGAAUAUUCGAAGGAAUUGUUGGAAUUUUGAAUUGUCCACUGGCGAAUGCGAGGGCUUUGAAGAUCAGUAUCAAGGCCUUGUUCGCUUUGUGCCUUGUGAAGCAACAUCGUAACAAGGCUGUCACAGCCGGAUCGGUGCCGGCGCUGAUUGAUAGGCUGGUGGAGUUCGAGAAAUGUGACGCAGAGAGGGCACUAGCGACAGUGGAACUACUCUGCCGGAUAUCAUCCGGCUGCGCAUCCUUCGCUGCCCACGCGUUAACAGUGCCACUUCUAGUAAGAAUCAUUCUGAAAAUUUCCGACCGUGCAACGGAAUAUGCUGCUGGUUCGCUUCUCUCUAUAUGCUCGGCAUCCGAGGAGGCUCAGCAGGAGGCCGUGUCUGCCGGCGUGUUAACUCAGCUGCUAUUACUUGUUCAAAGCGAUUGCACAGAGAGAGCAAAACGAAAAGCCCAAAUGCUGUUGAAAUUGCUUCGUAACUCAUGGCCGGAGGAUGCAAUUGCAAACUCCGAUGAUUUUGCAUGCGCAGACGACGUCGUACCGUUCUGAGUGUUUUGUUAAUCAAAUCCAGGUUCUCUCGUCCAAGUAAAACGGGGGAAACCGUUGAGAAAGGAAUAGGAUAUACGAACAACUCUGUUUAUGCAUGUAUUUUUGGAC